AAGUAAUUUCAGCCACACAUGCGUUUUGACGAACGCAGCCACCAUGGACAACAACUACUUUUCCAUUGAUGGCAUACUAGCUGAAAAUCAGAAAAUACAAUGUAACUUUAAAGUUGACAUCCCUGACAUGGGUCACCUCACAGGUGGAUCUGACCAUGAUAUCAAAUCCUUAUCAAAGGCACCAAUACCGAUAUGGCUGGCCUAUAUCAUGUUAUUCUCAGACUGGGCUGACUUCACUAUCCCUACACCCUUUGGCACGCGAGUAAGAAACAUGCUCAAGGCUGAACCCCGGAGUGUAAAGCUAUGCAACUUAAUUGGUACAGGUGGACUAUGGUACGGUUUUGGGAAGAUGAUCACGGAUAUUUUGAGUGAAGAGCAGGCGAAUGGUAUAUCAGAAGUGCUAACAAAGGCCUUCAAAGGGUGGUUGCUUGAGAUGGUUGAACAAGUGCAGCAUUUUGCGGCACUUGACCCUGCAGGAGGAGGUGGGCCUUCUUCCGAUACAGCACAGUCGUUCAGAGAAGGGCAUGAUGGAACAGAAAGAGAAUUGUUUGCACUGGCUCAGGAAAGCACAAAACGGAUGAAACGCUGGCAUGAAGGAAAUGACAAGGCACGUCGAUGAGGAGAUAACAUUCCAUGCAUUACAUUGUGUCGUGUAUCUCUACGAUAUAUCAUUGUUCUUUUUUUUCUGUACUCAUCUCCGUGCUGGUCAUUGUACUUGCAGGAGGAAGUUUUUUAAGCUCUUGCACGAACCUAUACAUUGGCCUUAGUACAAUGUUCAACGUUUGUAUGCCCAGCUCAGCAUACCAUUUCACGCUCACCCACAAG